AUGCCACACGACGAGGUCUCGAUGACAAACCUAUCUAAAACUGCUUCAGGAAUGGUCGCCGAGGGCCAUGAGGGUCGUCCAAUACCAACCAGGGAUACCAGUACGCGUGCCUGGCUGGUCGUAGUGGGUGGCUUGCUGAUUUACUUUCCUACCUUUGGGUUCCUCAAUGCCUUCGGUACCUUCCAAGCCUACUACGAACGACAUCUCCUCGCCGGGACUUCAAGCUCCGAUAUUGCCUGGAUCGGCUCCUUACAGAUCUUUUUGCUCUUUAUCGGUGGUCUGGUGGUCGGCCCCUUGUACGACAAGGUGGGAGCCACCAAGCUGCUGGUGCCGGGUACAGUCGUCUACGUUGUCUCCCUGAUGUUGACCAGCGUCUGCAAGAAGUACUACCAGCUUAUUCUAGCCCAAGGCAUCCUGUUCGGCUGUGCCAAUGCGCUCUUAUUCUACCCGACCAUCGCAGCCAUCAAUCAAUGGUUCGAUCGGCGACGAGGACUGGCACUCGGUCUUGCUGUGUCCGGGUCCUCACUGGGUGGAAUUUUCUGGACAGAGGUCAUUCAGCACAUGCUCGACCAUAUCGGCUUUGGAUGGACAGUCCGUGCCUCCGGGUUCAUCAGUCUGGCGUUUCUUAUCCCCAGCUGCGUGUUGAUCGUCACCCGGCCUCCAGAGCCCGACGAGCACCAGCAGAUGCAGCUAGACUUCAAAGCCAUCUUGUCGGAUGCUACAUAUCUGCUCUUCAGCGUCGGGAUGUUGCUCGUGCUAUGGGGGAUGUUCAUCCCCUUCUUCUAUUUGCCUUCGUACGGCGAAUCGUACGGAAUGAGUGCCACGGACGCGAAUAACCUCCUAGCAUACAUGAAUGCUGGUUCCUUCGCCGGACGAGUUCUGACCGGGAUUCUUGCCGAUCGCAUAGGACGGUUCAACGUGAUCUCAAUAGCUGCGUUGUGUUGCGGCAUCUUGCUCUUCUGUCUUCACAAGAUCACUACUCCCGCCUCGAUCAUCGCCUUUUCGGUCCUCUACGGCGUCUGCUCGGGCGGGCUGAUCUCACUGCAAUCUGCAUGCAUCGGCCAGAUUACGCCGGACCACAGAAUCAUUGGCGUGAAGAUCGGGCUCAUGAUGGGAUUCUGCUCCGUGGGAGGUUUGACCGGUAGUCCAAUUGCGGGUGCUCUCCUUAGCGCUGAUCAUGAUAAGUGGUAUGGCUUCAUCGACUUCUGUGGCUCGAUCCUCAUGGGAGGUGCGGCGGUCACUAGCGUCUCGCGAAUUAUGGCCGCUCCUAAAGAGUGGAAGUUUUAG